AUGCGUUUCUCCGCCGCGUUCCUCUCGACCCUCGCGCUCUCCAGCACCGCGCUGGCUGGUCCCGCCGCCCAGGUAUCAUCAUCCCUGGGAUCGACUCCAUCGGCAAAGGCCCAUACUAACCCAUUGUUUGCCGCCCAGCCCGAUGCCAACGGUGAUUCUCUAUCGGAGAACACGUCUCUCGUCCAAGCCCAAGAGACCUCGACUCCGUCAUCCGGGACUCAAUCUGCAGUUCAUACCGCAGCUGGAACCGGAUCUUCCAGCAGCAAAGACGACAAUGAGUCUGUGAACGCGUCGUCGGACAGUCAGCCCGCGCAGUCCACCAAGUCCACAGGGUCCAGCAAGGAACCCUUCUUGCAGCUUGAUCGCACUGCUCCCACCGGGGCUUCGUCUAGCGCAAAAGGCAGCAGCUCUGCCAAAGAAACGCCCUCUGCGACCAGGUCAGCCGAGUCGACUGGCUCGAGUGGUUCGGGCGGCUCUGGCGGCUCGGACAACCUCCUCUCUCCGGAUGGUACUUUCCUGGACUCGUUCUCAGAUUUUGUCAAGUUCCUCGAUGGUGUGAAGGGUCUUCUCUCGCCAAGUCUGCUGUCGGAUAUCGAAUCUUUCUUCCACCACAUUGCCUAUCUUCUCGAUGACAAGACCACGCAGCAGACCAAGGACUUGUUGGAUAUGGCUUCCGGACUCCUCACCAAGAGCCUCAUCCACAAGCUCACCGGUCUGCUCGACAACGCCAGUGACCUGUUGACGGCCGAGUUCGUGAAGGAAACUAAGGAUCUGAUCAACUCGGUUGCUCCUAUGAUAACGCCAGAGCUGUUCAAGGAGAUCAACAGCCUGCUGAAGAACGCCAAUGACCUUCUGACCCCCAACGCGGUCAAGGAGAUCAACGGUCUUCUGGGCAAUGCCAACCAUCUCCUGACUCCUGAGUUUGUGAAGGAGACCAAGGGUCUGAUCCAGGCCGCGGGCCCUCUGCUCAAGCCCGAGCUGUUCAAGGAGAUCAACAGCCUGCUCACCAACGCCAACAACCUCCUGACCCCGGAGUCGGUCAAGCUGAUCAGCGGGUUACUGACCAAUGCCGGCCACCUGCUGACUCCCGACGCGGUCAAGGAGAUCAAUGGUCUUUUGGGCAAUGCCAACGACCUGCUGACUCCCGACUUCGUCAAGGAGACCAAGUCUCUGAUUGGCGGCGUUGCCCCGGUACUCACACCAAAGUUGCUGAAGGAGGUUGGCUCGCUACUGGGCAACGCCAACGACCUGCUGACGCCGGGCUUCGUGAACGAAACCCAGGACCUGAUCGGCGGCGUGUCCAAGUCGCUGACGCCCGACAUCCUGGGCAACGUGGGCACCCUGCUCAAGAACGCCAACGACCUGCUGACCGCAGACUUCGUCAAGAAGACCGACGGGCUGAUCGACAACGCCAACGACCUCCUGACCCCCGACGCCGUCAAAGAGAUCAACGGGCUGUUGGGCAACGCCAACGAGCUCCUCACGCCAAAAUUCGUCGACGAAACCAAGGGCCUGAUCGACGGCGUCUCGCCGGCCAUCACCCCGGAACUGCUCAGCCACGUCGGCGAUCUCCUCAAGAACGCCAACAAGCUCUUGACCGAGAAGUUCGUCUCCGAGACCGCCAACCUCAUCGACGCCGUUGCCCCGGCCGUCACGCCCAAGCUUUUGAACAACGUCUCCUACCUGCUGGGCAAUGCGACGGGCCUGCUCAACCCCAAGUUCGUCAACAACACCCGCAACCUCAUCAGCGAUGUCUCGCCUGUCAUCACGCCACACCUUCUGUCCGAAGUGGGCGGGCUUCUCGACAACGCCGGCGAUCUUCUCACGCCGAAGUUCGUGAACGAGACCCAGACCUUGAUCGAGGACGCUUCUGAUUUGCUUCCUCUGGUCAUGAAGCUGCUGGGCUCGAUGUGA